AUGAUCAGACUCUUUGUCGCUCUUUGUGCUCUUUUUUCUCUCUUCACAGCUGGUGACGAGGACAUUCAAGUUAAAAAAGUAAAGACUGGAGAUGAUGUUACUAUAAAUUGCGGCAUGUCCAGCGACAAAGCUAUUGUUUGGUUCAAACAUAGUUUUGGAAAGGUUCCUCAGUUGGUAGGGAGAACAGUGGAGAAAUAUUUCAGACCUAAUGAUAAAUGCUUCAGUGUUACUGAUGAAAAAUUGUUUAUUCUCAACAUUACAAAUGUGAAAGAAGAGGAUACAGGAACAUACUACUGUGUAGAAAUGCUGGGCACUUCACCAGACUUUACAUCUGGAACCCUUUUGGUUGUUGAAGAUGAGGAGAUGAAACGAAUUCCUCCAGCUGUAACGGUGUUUGAGAAAGGAGAGUCGCUCACACUCCAGUGUUCAGUACAAGCCAUUACUUCAAGCUGUGAAGAACUGAGCGUGUACUGGUUUAGACACGGCUCAGGAGAAUCUGAUCCUGGAAUCAUUUAUACUCAUGGAAACGCCAGUGAUGAGUGUAAGAAGAGCUCUGAGGCUGGUUCUCCUCCACAGACCUGUGUCUACACUCUCCCGAAGAGGAAGCUCACAACCUCUAGUAAAGAAAUGCUCUACUGUGCUGUGGCUGAGUGUGGACAAAUCCUCUUCGGGAAUGGAGUUAAAGCUGCAGAUACAAGGGCUUCAAACGACCAACCAAAUAACAAAAAUCAGGUCGCUGCUGAAGAGGUCUUGAACUAUGCAGCUGUGAGUUUUGAUAAGAAACCUUCAGCCUCUAGAACAUCCAGAGCCAGAAGCCAUGAAGAUGUUUACACUCAAGUUAAAAUAAAAUAGAAAUAAGAGAAAUUAAUUCAGAAUUAAAUAUUUAAUUCUUCCCUAAUUUUUAAUUCUUAACUAAAACUAGUAAUAUUUUUUAAUCAUGAAUGUACUAGUUAGCUUUAAUUGUUUGAGACUAAAGCUUCUUAUUUGUUGUCUUAAGUUCUGUUCUUUCACCAUUACAGACUGUGUAAUCUUCUCAUUUGUAUUCAUUAGGAUUUUCCUAAAUUUUAAAAAAGCCUUACAUUUGGAAUGUUUUCUUAGCAUUUUUCUAAAAUAGUGAAGCUGAUUUCUAGAAUUGCAAGAAAACUCAUUGUUUGAUUUUAAAAGCUACCUUCCUGACCGUUCAGAUCUCACAUCAGGCCUUUAUUCUUCUUUAAAACAUGUCAGAUGUGAGAAGAUAAAUAAAUCUGUGAAUAAUGUAAUUACUGUAAAUGAGCUAAAUCACAUUUAACAGCUGUAGGCAGUAUAUAAGUAAAUACAUUUUCAUGAGUGAUGUCAGUUUCAUGACAGUUCUAUUAAGUCUAUUAAAUAUUGCACGGUGUGAUGAGUUAUGUCUCAGAUUUACAUAGUAAAUAGAUCAUUAGAAACAUAACAAUUAUCACUGUAUCUAAAACGCUUUCCUUGAAAUCUCACUGAAGAAUUAAGUGUGAAUGUGUUAAACAUGUGAUGACGUAAUGUGAGGAAAUAUGUGGGGAGUCAUUUAAAUUAUCGUUCAGUAAUUUUACUCACACCAAGAAAUAUUAGAAUUAUUCCAUGUCUCUUGUAAUCAUGUCCUGGUUAGAUUUACUAAAAAUGUUUUAGUGAAUCCUUAGAAGCUUCAGAGCCUCAGACAUGUACUCUGUAUCGUCAUAUAUAUUGCUGUAUAGUUUAAACAAUUUUAAAAAAUAAAGCAUGUUAAAAAGAAA